AUGUCGCCGGGAUUUAAGGCUUUUGGAUUCAUGAUGUUGGAGGUUUUCUCCGCGAUGGAGAUUGAGCAGGUGGAGGGAUCGUCGGAGAUUGGGGGAUUCGUUUUUCCGGUAACGGUUACUGAUGAUCGCAUGUGCUCUCAGAUGGUCGAUGUGUUCUCGGAGGCCCAACACAAACAAUUUCAGCCCAUCAAACAAUGA